AUGAAUGACAUAACUUUAUGGACGGGCGAUGAUAACCCGACCCAAGACUAUCACGGCCCGGGUUUUGGCGAUUACCAGACAUUGGGUAGUCUUGUCGUUGAUUUACCCGAUCAUAAGGUCAACACUGAGUACAAGCGAGCGCUGGAUAUCGGGGACGCGGUUACGACCGUUCAGUACGAAUCACAUGGCGUUCAAUACAAUCGCGAAUACUUUGUUAGUCAUGUGUCGGACGUAUUGGUCGGCCGGUUGACCGCCGAUAAGGGAAAGGCAUACACCGGACGCAUAGAACUACAAGACGCACAUAAAGUGGCCGUUCAUACGGUGGACAAUACGAUCGCAGUGGACGGCAAACUAGUGAAUGGAUUGCGGUUUGCGUGGAAAGUGUUGGUCCAAAACACCGGCGGAAGUCUCAAAGUGAACGGCACUGUCAUUGAGUUCAACGGCUGCGACGCCCUGACACUCAUCGUUAGCGCCGGUACUGAUUAUGUGUUCGACGACUCGAAGAAGUUUAAGUCCGGCGAAGACCCGGCUGUUCACGUCAAUGAUUGGGUCGCAAAGGCGUCCGUGAAAUCGUACGAAAGCUUACGGACGGAACACGUGUCGGACUUCCACUCGUUGUUCAACAGAGUGGACGUCGAUUUGGGUCAGUCGUCGGCAAAACAGACGGCGUUACCGACCGACAAACGGAAGGUCGAAGCGGUCGCGACAUUCGAUCCGGACUUCGAGGAAAUGUUUUUCCAAUUCGGAAGGUAUCUCAUGAUAUCGUCGUCGCGAACGAGUCUUCCGGCAAACUUACAGGGUCUAUGGAACGACAACAAUACCCCGGCCUGGCAUUCGGACUACCACACUAACAUUAACGCACAAAUGAACUACUGGCCUCCGGAGACAGUUAACCUUGCUGAAUGCCAUUUGCCUCUAUUCAAUAUGAUCCGGAGUCAAUUGAAUGUAUGGCGCAAAUGUACCCGAGCGUCAAUGGACUUACUGACACCACUGGGCAAACACGUGACAAAAGGUGUGGCCGUCUCUUCGCACAACAUCUACGGAGGAAUGGGAGGAUUGGACGGCGAUAAGACAAAUUCUGCUUGGUAUAAAUAUAAUUUAGAUAUGUAUGCGCAACACUUUUGGGAACAUUACGCGUUCGGAUUGAACAAGACAUACCUAAAGGACGUGGCCUACCCUUACUUAAAAGAGGUGUCCGAGUUAUGGGACGAGUUGCUAAAGACUGUGACGAACGGCACUAAACAACAGUUGGGAAAACUGGUUGUCCCUAAAGGGUGGUCACCAGAACACGGACCCCAUGAGGACGGCUGCAGUUAUAAUCAAGAGAUUGUAUGGGAUUUGUACACAAAUUAUGUGAAAGCGGCGGAUGUGUUGGGAGUCGACAAAGAGUUCAGGGAUCGCGUGGCGGGUGAGAGGGAUAGGCUGUUAUGGCCAGGGAUUGGAUCGUUCGGACAAUUGAUGGAAUGGAUGGAAGAACAACCCGGAGAAAAGACCGACCAUCACAGACAUACUUCCCAUUUGUUUGGCGUAUAUCCGGGACACCAAUUCAAUUGGGAAACAACACCAACUUUGGCCAACGCAUCCCUGGUGUCGCUUAACGCCAGAGGUAUAGACCCAAAGAGCGAUGUGAGGGAGUGGUCGUUCGCGUGGCGGACAGCCAUAUACGCCCGGCUCAGGGAUGCCGAAAAUGCUUAUCACUUACUUCGCGAGCUGUUGUCCGCACGUAAUACCUGUCCCAAUAUGUUUGGAUUACACCCUCCGAUGCAAAUCGACAGCAACUUCGGUAUAACCGCAGCCGUCGCCGAAAUGCUGGUCCAGAGUCACGCAGAAGUCAUAGAACUGUUGCCGGCUCUGCCCCGGGAGUGGACGGCCGGACACGCGAAGGGUCUGCGAGCGAGAGGGGGUCACCAGUUGGACAUCUAUUGGGCUAAUCAUACGCUGAAUAAUGUGUUGAUUACAAGUCUCGUCGCCAGUGAUGUAAAACUCAAAUUUGGAAAUACUGUCAAAACAAUUACAGUGACUCCGAGUAAAGCGAUUCAUUUGGACUACAAUCUGAAUCCAAUUCCUUAA